UUUUAUCAGUUCAAGGAUGUUGAUGCUAUAAUAAAAUUAAAAAACUGUGAUAUUGGAAAAUGGGGAUUUUGAGGGACAGUAAUCGCUCCUCUUCUUCAGCAACUACACCUUGUGCCCAUCUCAGGACUGCGUAUCACAACUGCUUCAACCGAUGGUAUUCGGAGAAAUUCCUGAAAGGGCAGUGGGAGAAAGAAGGGUGCAUUUCUGAGUGGGAGAAAUACAGGCAGUGUUUAUCUCAACAUUUGGACAAUAAGCAUCUAAGUAGGUUCUUGGAAGCUGAUGUGGUGUUGGAUUUGACUGAUCAGGCUGAAUUCAAGAGCAAAACUGGUGUUUCUUAGUGAUUUUAUUUCCUACUGAGGUGAAUGCUGGAUUUUCUUUGUAGCUUUUGUGGAUUAGAUCAUUGAUUAGAACUGAUUGUGUAGUGUUUAGAAAUUGUUAUUGGUCGUAUACUUGCUUUGUGUGUUUUUGAGACCGUGAGCCUUGAAAGUGAGUUUGAUUCGAGUUAUAUGUGGAUGCUGGAUUUUCUUUGUAGCUUUAGAAGUUGUUAUUUAUCGUAUACAUGCUUUGUGUGAUUUUGA